AUGAAUAAAGCUUUUGGCAAUUUUUUUGUGCAUAACGAAAUUACAAACCACAAAAGCAACGAAGAUAGUGAAUGGUCUGAGUUCUCUACCUGGGAUAAUACUACGAAUGAUGUAGAAUUUACCAAUGUUUGGCAAGAAUUUGAUCAGCAAGAACCGGAAGAGAAACCAAAGAGAACAACAAUAAGCAGUACGGGUGUAUUGAGAGACGUUGCAGAGAAUGCGUGGUCAGAGGUAGAAAUAGUGGCAUCACCUACUUCGACUGUUUCUCCAAAGUCUCCCUUCUCUGUUAAAGACAAUCUUGGUGAAAAUGAAAAAGUCUUGAAUGAAUCAAUUCAAGAAGCGGAAAUUAAAAAUUCGAAAAAGAUAUCCUCUUUAUUAACUCCGCCUACAUCCCCUCCCAUAAGCGGGACAGAGGUCAUAGAUCCAGAAGAUGAUGAUAAUGAUUUUGGGGAUUUCAUUUCACAGUCUUCAGGUAAAGAUAUAAAUACACCGAAUGAUAGCGAUCAUGAUAAUGAUGAAAAUGUCAAUGACGAAGAGUUUGGAGAUUUUGAGUUUGGGCAAGAGAAUAACGAUACUGAUGACUUGCAAGACACACUGAAUAAUAUAGACGUGUCUUCGAUUGAUCAUAGUAAAUUUCCGCAAGAAGUCACCCAUUGGAUUGAGUUUUUGGAUCAAAUAUAUCCAUCGAAUGCAUCAGCAUCAGAUUCACAGAAUUUACCUAAAUCCAUCCUUUUAAAAGACCUUGUUAAUAAUGCAAAUGAAUAUUUAAACUCUGAAAUUACAUUAUCAUCUCUCGUUGAACCAAUGAUUAAUGAUGAUGGAAUAGUCAGAGUGACUUGGCGUGGUUCACAAACUCAAAAAGUAUACUUUGAAAAUAUUUUCGGAUUUAAAGAAAGUAAAAAGGAUACAACACCGAUUGAGACCACACCAAAUGAUGCCACACCUGCUACAGUGCCAAUUAUUCCGAUUUAUUCAAAGAUCAUGAAUGAGACGAUGACAGCAGUGAGUACAGCUGAACCUCGUAAAUCGAUAAAUGAAAGUAGACGAGAAUCAAGUAUCGAAAGCAGGCGUGAUUCAUUACUUUCGAUCCCGGAACUUGCUCUUUCUUCUACUUCCACUUCACCGCCCACUUCUCCAAUAUCUCCAAUGUCCCCUUGCAAUUCGCAACCUUUGCAUGAAUUAGCCGGACUAAAAUUCUUUAAUGAUUCAAAGCCUGAUCGCAAUCAAUUAUUUGAUGCACAUUAUUUGAAACAUUUGUAUCACUCUUCAAAUAAUGCUGGCAAAGGAUCGCAGACUUCUGAAUUAGCUGACUUGAUAACACAGGAUACAACAAAAUCCAAAGCAUUACAAGAUUUGCAAGAACUCACGGUUGCUUUGGUCUCAGAAAUUGUAUCUUCACCAGAAGGCUCGAAAAAAUCUUCGAUGAAAUGGAACAAAUCCAAAUUUUCAUCUCCUAUUCAACCAGUUCCAGCUAAACUUUCCGAUAAUUCACUGAAUACACAAUCAAAAUCACGACAUAAAGGUUUAGUAAUAGAUACAAAAAGAGAUCAGCCGCAAAAAAACGAAAAUUCAUUGAACAUGAUGUUCCCUUCAGAUGAAUUCGGAGAUUUGGUUUCUGCCGACACCACAAAAAGUGAAUUUUUCGAUUCUGCCGAGUCAAAUUUUUCUUCCCAAUCCUCUUCAUUAUCUUUUGAAAUAAUGAGACCGACUAUUCCUUCCAAGGCUCAAAAUAAACCGAUCACGACAUCGAAGCCUACUGAAAUCGCCCAAAAUACUCGUUUAGAAGUGUUUACUGGUAUCCAAAAACCCCAAGAAAAGAAUUCCGUUUUAGAUUUUGGGGAAAGGAGUUCUGAGACGUCUCAAAGAACAAAGUCGAAUUUUGUCAAUGAUUCCAUUAAAAAUUCACUCCCCACGACAUCUUCACAUUCGCAUCAAUCUUCUGCUUCUUCGCUUUUUCCAAGAACCUCCGCUCAUUCACUAUUUUCCACGAAAAAUUCUGCAUUCAAAGAUUUUCAAGAGUUAACGGCUGUGUUGAAGUCAGAAGUAGUCACUGAUCCAAAUUCAAUAUCGAGCAGCAGUCCUAUAAAUCAGACAACCUCAAAAAGCAAUAAUUCAGAAAUGACAUCUCAAAUUAAUGCAAAUUCGACUCCAUCUUCUCAGUCAAACUCUUGGUUCUCAACGACGGAUUUUUCCUGCUUUGAUUCUGUUAAAUCUCAACAUAUUGAUGAUUUUGGAGCUCUGAAUUCUACACCAGAAACAACUAUUAUUUAA